AUGCAUGCAUGUGGACAUGAUGCUCACACAGCAAUGCUUCUAGGAGCUGCCAAGCUACUUCAGUCCCGCAAGGAAGACCUAAAGGGCACCGUGAAGCUUGUUUUCCAGCCAGCAGAGGAGGGCAGCGGCGGCGCCUACUACGUUCUGGAAGAAGGCGUUCUCGACGACGCGUCGGCGAUUUUCGGCCUGCACGUCGAUCCAGCUCUGCCGGUGGGUGUAGUUUCGUCCAGGCCAGGGCCAUUUGCCGCGACCUCGGGUCGAUUCCUGGCGACGGUCACAGGAAAAGGUGGGCACGCCGCUGGCCCCCAUGACGCCAUUGAUCCCGUUGUAGCAGCAUCGUCCGCCGUCCUAAGCAUCCAGCAGAUCGUCUCUCGGGAGAUCGAUCCCCUCCAGGGUGCAGUAUGUGAUCUGUGGUUUCCAUCACCUUUGUGA